GUUCCAGAAGCACGAAAAGACGGCUGCGAACUUCUGCGCGUUGCUUUUGCCAACGAUGGCAGCAGCACUGAAGUGAGAUCGAAGAUUGCUGAGCUGGCAGUGACUGAAUGGUCUGCGGUCGAUCUUGUCGAAGAGGAUAUCUCCGAUACGGCUGAGCGUCGACUUCCAGAGUUCACCACGGCCACUCAGGCAGAGAAGUUCAAAGAGCAAGAGAAAAGUGUGUCAUCCCUUCGUGAGUGGAUCUAUGCAAAGAAGGAGCUGAAGAGCAGCUGGAAAACUUCCAGCCUUCUGGACCCAGCUGGUCUCUUGCCGGACAAGCUAUGGCCGAUCUUGGGUGCAAGCGGGCACUCCUCACCACCCGCUUUCAGAGCCGAUCACUAUGCUGACCAGUGUUUUGUGCUUGCCUGCGGCAGCUCGGCACUCUUUGCCCGAUGCUUUCUGGACCUUUCCGGCACGCAGGUAUGCAUAAUGUUGAUGGAGUUGGCAAGGGUAACUUCUGCUCAGGAAGGUGGUCGCAAGGAUGAUCUGGCCGUUGCACUUGUGGAUCUACCACGCACCGCGCAAGCCCUCAAGCAGCCAGUGCCAUUCAUCGACAAGCCCGCCUCAUUGUUUGUGCCUGACCUGCGAAGCAAUUUCCUGCGGUUGCUUACAGGCGUGAUGGAUGCAGUUCAUGGCAGUGGUGGCGACUGGAAAGCUGAGAAGCUGAGGUCAGAUCCGCUAGAAGACCACGAUUCCAGGUUGCAUGCGGACUUCGCCUUGCUGGAGAGCACGGCGCGCUUCAGUGGUUGUGGCCUGGCAGUGGUGCUUCUGCUGGGGCGCCGGCUUGUGGUUGCCUGGCUUUUGCAGCCUUGUUCUUGCUUUGGGCUCUGA